AUGGAGAUCCCCGUAGUCGAUCUCGAACCAUACUUGAAAUUCUCUGCAAAACAGCCACCCUCGGACAAUGACUCGCAGAUAAGGACCCUGUGCGCGGAGGUCAGCCGAACCCUGAGAGAGACGGGGGCCUUACUCGUCAAAGAUCCACGGUGCACCGCGCAAGACAACGACCGCUUCCUCGAUAUGAUGGAGAGGUAUUUCGAAAUGCCCGUCGAUUUCAAGCGCCGGCAGGAACGCCCGCACCUCCAUUACCAGGUUGGAGUAACACCUGAAGGAGUUGAAGUACCACGCAGUUUGGUGGAUGAAGAAAUGCAAGAGAAAUUCAGAGCAAUGCCAAUAGAGUCACGACCAUCCACUCCUGCUGGGCCAGACCCUAAGUGGCGCUAUAUGUGGAGAGCUGGUCCACGACCAUCAAAUACUCACUUUAAGGAACUUAACUCAGAGCCCGUCAUACCUGAGGGAUUUCCUGAGUGGAAACAGACCAUGGAUUCAUGGGGUUUUAAGAUGAUAUCUGCUAUAGAGGCUGUCUCUGAAAUGGCUGCAAUUGGCUUUGGUCUGCAAAAGGAUGCUUUCACUUCUCUUAUGAAGCAGGGACCCCACCUGCUUGCUCCAACAGGAAGUGAUCUAAAACGUCAUGGUCACAUAGGCACUGUGUUUGCCGGAUACCAUUAUGACCUCAACUUUCUUACAAUUCAUGGCAGGAGUAGAUUCCCAGGGCUAAAUAUUUGGCUGAGAAAUGGGCUGAAAAUGGAAGUCAAAGUCCCUGUAGGUUGCCUCCUCAUUCAGACAGGAAAGCAGAUAGAGUGGUUGACUGCUGGGGAGUGCAUGGCUGGCAUGCAUGAAGUUGUCGUGACAGACCGCACAAUAGAAGCAAUGAAAUUAGCUUCUGAGCAAAAUCGCAGCCCGUGGCGAGUAUCCUCAACGCUUUUCGCACACAUAGCAUCAGAUGCUGUGUUGAAACCUUUGGACCACUUUGCGGGUUCACCAUUAGCCGGCAAAUACUUUCCCAUUCGUGCUGGUGAGUUUGUAGAGCAGGAGCUUGCAGUUAUUAACCUGAAAGGCAACUAA